AUGCUGCCCAAGAAAAAAGACGGGAAGAGAAAACGAGGGACAGGCACCGGGGACAGGGACCGGGACGGGGCAGGCACAAAGGGACAGGCACAGAAAACCGGAACGGAGCACCGUUCGCGGUUUGAUUCCGUCUCGCCCCCUCGGCAUGAGCCCAGGGAGCAAGACGGAGGAGAGGGACAGAGGGGAACGGGGACUGGGCAGACCCAGGAGAGGGCGCGUACGGGCGCGGGCGCUGGAGCUCAGGGCACCGGGGCGGGGACACCUCCCCGGUUUAAUCCCGCAUCACUUCCUGGCCAGGAGCCCAAGAAGAAAGACGGGAAGGGGGAGCACGCAACUCCCCCAGCCACAAGCACACGGCCUCCACCGCCACCCACCGCCAGCACACGCCGCCACAAGCCAGCCCGCGCCCCAUCACCCGGGCAACCCACCACCAGCCCACACAACCCCACACCACCCCGGCCCACGCCACACCCACGGCCAACCCACGGCCAACCACCACCACCACCAGUCAGGCCACCCAGCCCAGCUGCAAACUCACUAUGA